UGAUCUCGUGUGCUGAGCAGUGAAGCCGGCAGGGAGAGGCCGGCAAAGGCCCCGGCUCCAGCUCCUGUGGCUCUGCAGCUCCGGCUUCCCUCCUGCUCUGGCUCCCCUGGGGCUAUUCUGGAAUUCUCUCGGUGCCCACUGUUACCAUGCACUCAGCUGGGCCUCACAGAGCCGAGUCACCCAUGAGCAGGCAGGAAGAGAAGGAUGCUGAGCUGGACCGGAGGAUAGUUGCCCUUCGAAAGAAGAACCAGGCCUUACUACGUAGGUACCAGGAGAUCCAGGAAGACCGGCGGCAGGCAGAGCAGGGGGGCAUGGCCGUGACCACAGCAGAAUUCCUCCAGCCUGAUGGCCUCACUGUCACUAUCAGCCAGGUUCCUGGUGGGAAGCGGGUGGUCAGCCGGAACUGGGCAAGACCCCUCAGACCUGGAGCAGCCGACGAAAUGCUUGAGGAUGAGGGAGGGGAUGAACACACUGGUACUUUCUGUCUGGGGGAGCGGGUGGAGCUGGCUGUGACCAUGGAAAACAAAGCCGAGGCCAAGCGGAUCGUGAGUGAGAAGCCCAGCAGAGCAAGGAACCAGGUCGCAGAAGAGUCACGUGGAAGGGGCUUGGGCUGGACCCCCUCCAUGCAGAUGCCCGUCAGCUCGGAUUCUGCACAGAAAAGUACCCGGGAGUCCCAGAGUCUAGGACUGGUCCCAGGCUCAGCUCCUCACCGGCCCAUGGGGGGACCCUUGGAGGUGGGCUGGGACUAUGCCCAGUGGAAGCAGGAGCGGGAGCAGAUCGACUUGGCUCGUGUGGCCAGGCAUAGAGAUGCACAGGGUGACUGGCGUCGGCCAUGGGACCUGGACAAGACCAAGCCCACGCUACAGGACUCCAGCAAGCUUCGGGAAGAGGGCCUGGCCAGGGUGGGCGGCACCAGGGGUCCCAGGAGCCACCGGAAAUCACAACCCCCACCACUGUCCCUUGAUGGUAAAGGUGGUACUACUCGGGGUGGGCAACCCAGCAGACCCUCAGUGGUGUCGGCCACACGAAGCAAAGCCCGGGGGACAGAGAGGCUGACCGGCAGGGCCCGCAGGUGGGAAACAAAGGAAGUCAAGGAGGAGCUGCAGAACCAGGAGGGAAGCCAAAGUACCAGAAAGACCUGGAGUGAGGAGGAACCUUCACAGAAGCAGAGCCCAACGGAGCUGGGCCGGCCCACAAGUGCCCCAGCAACUAGCCCAGCCCCCGGGGGCCCAAAAAGGGAAUCAGGAGCCUCCAUUGCCAGUCCAAACCCUAGCUCUCCACAAAACACUGACUUAGUUCCCCUUGACCUUUCUCUGGGAGGGGCCAGUAGCCCUGGGUCCGGGGAGAGUACGUGUGCACUCACUCUAAGGCCUGGGGCCCAGGAGAACCCUGUGUCCUUGCCACCACCAGAUGGUUCUGAGCAGAUCCUGGGGUGUAAUGACACCCAGGCUGAGCCAGAAGUACAGCUUAGUUCUGAGCCACAGGGAGAAGCAAGGCCCCUAGAGCCCAGAGAAGACAGGUCUGGCAAGCCUGGGGCCCAGCAGGCCUUGGCACCACGAAGCAGGCCGCCCAGAGGAAUGGGCCAAAGGGCAAGGGGCACAAGAGGUAUGAGAAGCAGGAAAGGAGGGCCUGGCCCUGCAGGAAGAUGCUGAGCAAAACUCCUGGGAGCACAGGGGCCGGGCUGGGGAGAGGAAGAGGGAAGAACAUAGGCGGGAGUCUGGUGUGGGAUGGGUGUGUGGAUGCAGGUGGCUUGUGGCCGUCUGGCUGCACAGCUGGGCAAACUCUCCAGUGUGGGGACACUGGGAGGGCAAGGAGCUGUCCUUCCUUGCACCUCAUGGGCACAUCACUGGGCAUGUCCCGUGUAUAGGUGUGUUUUUACCUGCAGGUAAAGGUCUUGGUAUAGUCCUAUGCCACUCCUGGUCUCUGAGACUGGUGAGCCCCGUCCUGGGUCUAUUGCCACCCAGGCCACAAACUUCUUCCCUGCCAUGGCAAGGUGAGGCUCAGAAGCACUCAGCACCUGGCACUCCAGGCCUUUCUCACCCCAAGGCCUGGCUUCUCUUUCCACCUAUGGCUUUGGCUCCUUGGGUGUAGGCAGCCUCAGGAGCCAGCAGGCCCAGUCCAGGAGGCCUGGGCUCCUUCCCCUGCCUCUGCCUUGCGCCCAGGUGACUCACAGUCCCCACACUCCCAGGAUGGUGAAACCAGGGGAAUCUCAGCCAUCAGCUGUCAGCCUCUGGCCUUUCUGCAAGAGAAGACCCAGGCUCGAAGAAAGGGAGGCCACAGCAGGUAGGGACCGAGCUGGGGACAGAAGAGCAGAGCCUCUGCCAAAGAGAGUCCCUGGGAAGGCCUCGUCUCUAAAACAGCCUGGGGUUGGGUGGGGAGAGGACAGCCUUCUCCCCACAGAAGGAUGGGAGGGUUCAUGAUCAGGGAUACCCUCCCCCAUACCCAGGCCAGACAUCAAGUGUACCAUCAAGACAGCAUUGAGGCGGUGCAGAGGGCAGCCCAGGGCCAUUUCCUGCCGUCUCCUACUUCCUCUUCCCCGCCACCCCCCUGCACUACCGGCACACCAAAGCAAGGACUCAGACAAGGGACAGAGAAAGGGGCUCAAUCUAGCUCAGUACAACUUCGGAACUUGUCUUUCCUAUUUGGUCUCCAUUCCCGCCCCUCCCCUCAGGCCCACGGCUGGUGAAUUAUUCAGACUCCACACAAGCUGUGGCUUCCUCUCUAUUCAACAAACAUUUCCUGAGCACCCACCAGCAGCAGUGCAGCCGGUGGGCGAUAGUGACUCUGCCAGCAAGAGGGAGGGAGAAACCCAGGCAUCCAGCAGAUCUAGGCCGCACAGCAGGCAACGUUCUUGGCUCUAAGAGCCUGCUAGGAGCUGGGGAUGGUGGUAGGAGCCCAGAGAAUCAUCUCACCUCUGCUAGAAAGGGCAGGUGCUCCUUCCCCGCUCACCACGCGUGGAUCUCCCCAUGUGGCCCCCCUACUCCCCUCCCCUUUGACCCUGCCAUGGCUUGUCCUCCCUGCUGGGGGUCCCGGGCCUCCCCAGCCUCUCUGGCUUCUCUAGGGAGUGUCUAGAUCAUCCCCAAGUGUUCUGUCCUGUCAAAGUGAGCGCUGAACUGUGGGGUCACAGCUUCCUAUUGGGCUCCUGCUCUGCCCUCCACCCCUUCUACUCAGGAAGCAUGAGUAGGGGGUGUCUUUUCAGCAGAUCAGUGUGCUCCUUGCGCGUUAAGGUGCAGAGUAAUGCAGAUUCUAAUUCUGUAAGGUCUGUGGUGGGCCUAGAAAUGUGCACUUCUAAUAGGCUCCUGGAGAUACCUAUGCUGCUGGUUCUUGGACCACAGGUUGAGUAGGAAGGGUUUGGGCUAGAAUAUAUGGAGGGCCAGGGGCAGACAGACUCUAGACUCUGAGGACUUAUUGCUGGCUAUAUCGGGGACCUGGUGAGGGCUGCCCCUGCCAGGUGGGGGCUUCCUGGCUUCAGAGUUGGGUGGGAAGCUGAGGCACCUGGGAAAAAGACGCUCUAAGAGGCCAGUGAGUGGCUGAUGCCAACUUCCUGUAGUGGGGAGUGAGGAAGUUGCUUGGGAAUGGGAUGAGGUGAAGGGGGUGGAAGAGGUUGGUAUGGGGUUGGAGGAAUUUUUUUUUUUUUUAAGAUUUUAUUUAUUUAUUUGACAGAGAGAGAGAUCACAGGUAGGCAGGGAGGCAGGCAGAGAGAGGGGGGGAAGCAGGCUCCCUGCUGAGCAGAGAGCCUGGCGGGGCUGGAUCUCAGGACCCUAAGAUCAUGACCUGAGCCAAAGGCAGAGGCUUAACCUGAGUCACGCAGGUGCCCCAGAUUGGAGGAAUUUUAAAAAGGCUUGGGAAUAUUCUUAUGCACGUGGGAAAGAGACUCCCAUGAGACAGGAAUAGGUAAAGGUGAAUGACUCCAAGCUCAAGUUUGCCUCUUGCCCACCAGUCAUCCAUAGAUAUAUUUGGAGCAUGACCCUGGACUUGACCCAUGACUCCCAAAGGAUGGAGCUGGGGAAAAGCAGAUUCAGGCAGAACCCUUGAAUUCAGAGAUCUCCCAAAAUAAUCAUGAUCAAGAGUUUGAAUUCUGCUCCCCAACCCCCCAGCGCUACCAAGAGUAUAGGCCAAUGUAUGUUUGACUAUGGGAUGGGGACAUAGAUUUGGGACAGAGCUCUGGUUCAACCCUCACAACAGGACCUAAGCAGGAGAGAAAGCUGGGUUAUGAAGGGCUGUCGAGAAAGAGAGCUUCUCUCGCGGGAUGUCCUGGGAGUCACUAAGGGUUGGAGACUGCAGAGACUGGCCCAGGACAUAUUCCCUAUAGGAAGACUGUAGUGCCAGGCAAGUAUCACUGAACUUUUCUCAAAAAAGGGGGAGCACUUCUUCAGGAUAAGAGAACCAGCAGCUAUGGUGGCCACCCUCCUUCCCUUGGAUGGAACCAGCUAUGGAGCAGGAGAAAAGCAUGGACCACUCUCCACAGACCUCAGGAUCAUGGAAGCCUGCCUGUAGCAACUCCUGGCUCCUUUGUUGAAAGGCCUCGCUGGGAGAUUUCCUCUUAGAACCUCCUCUCCAACCGACAAGCCCCUCCUCAAAGGUGGGAAGUUCUUCAUGAGACACAGCUCUCAGGAACCCAGGCAUGGAGCUGGAGGAAGAGAGAAGGAAGCUGCCGGAAGAGGAGUAGGGAGAUGAUAGCUUUACUUAAAGCUGUAUAACCAGGAGGGCGGAAAGGGCAGAAGAUAGCUCUGUCCUGAGCCUGAGCCCCUAGCACCUGGGCAGAAGGGAGCAACAGACCAGAUUGCAAGGGAGGUAUGUUUUUGGAGGACUGGCAGCAUGGUAGAGUGGAACCAACAUAGGCCUUGGAGUCCAACAGACUGAAUCUUAACUUACAUCUGUCAGUGGCUAGCUGGGUGACCUUGAUCAAGUUUAACCUCCCCAAGCCUCAGUUUUCUUAGCUGCAAAAUGGGGCCAGUAACAACCCUGAAGGGUUAUAAAAACAAAUUAAAGAUAAGAGUACGCAAAACAUGCCCAGCUCACUAAGUAGGCAAUGUAGAAACAGGAGCCUGGCACUUAGUCAAAUGUGUUGAAUAAAUGAAGUAGCUGUUUGGUUUGA